AAAAGCCACGACGGUGCGCCAGCAGUUGUGCCUUCGCGAGCCAUCGCGACACACGCAACGUGAUUCUCGGUUCUUCUAUAAAUCAAACACGUGUAUAUGUAUAUAUGCGUACGCACGUGUUCUUCGAUAUCGCGAACAGAACCACGGUGAAGAACAUAGCGAAAAUUCGCAAUCCGGAAACAGCCGCGAGUGCGGGACUUUAAUAAUCGGUACAUUCUAUCGUAAGAUUUAGACUUCCGGUGUUUUUUUUUUCUUUCUCUUGUUGAUUUAAUUCGUGGAUUAUUGUCAGAUAGAUAAUCUAUCUCCGCUUGUCCUUCAGCUCUUUAAUUCGUGAUCUAUAGUUAAAGUGUUUACGAUCAUCGCAUAUAAGCGAGUUUACACCACUGAUAGACCUUUCUUGAUUCAAGAGGGAUGUAUACUCUACAUAAGUCGAUAAGAGAGACGGCGUGAAGAUUAUACAAGAUAUUAAUAUCCUUACCAUUGUUGAUUCAGUCGAGGUCGCAGCGGAUAAUAUAACAAGUUGGCAUACUUUGACGUGCACGAUGAUUACGCAAACGAAGCAAUGGUCGAAGAUCCUUUACUCAGGCAACAAAAAAGAUAUCCUCGCGGCUCUGGCAGCGCAUUCCAGUCAGAUUUCCGUGGGAUUGACUCAAGGAUAUAGCGCGAUCUUGAUCCCGAGGCUCUUGGAGUCAAAUCUCGCGGACCUGUCGCAAGCCUCAUGGAUCGCCUCCCUCGGCGUCGUCUCGAAUCCCCUCGGCGCCCUUGUCGCCGGAUUCUGUGCCGAAUUCUUCGGCCGCAGAUUCGCAAUCGUCUUUGCCAUGCUACCACACAUCGUCGGCUGGCUGCUGAUUGCGUUAUCGAGGAACGUGCCGAUGUUAUAUGCCGGUAGAUUCGUUAGCGGUAUCGGCAGCGGUAUGGUCAAUGGACCCUAUCUCUACGUCAGCGAGACAGCAGCACCAAAUCAAAGAGCCUGGCUUGCGAGUUGCGGACCAAUUCUCGUCUCUCUGGGCGUUUUGAUAAUAUACAUCUUGGGUGCCAUCACAACGUGGCAAAAGGCGGCAGCUAUCAGCAUUGGACCAGCAAUUCUGUCGCUCGCAUUAACACGAAUGCUACCGGAAACUCCUGCCUGGCUGAUUUCGAGAGGUCGAACGGACGAAGCUAAAGAGGCUCUUCUAUGGUUACGUGGACCCGGGUUUAAUGUCGAUAAAGAAUAUCAAGAGCUCAGUGACGCGAACGCGAAACGGAAAGAAAAGAAGAUUAAUUUAUUGCGGGCGCUUCACAAGCCCAACGUGUGGAAACCAUUCCUGAUAUUGCUCGUUUUCUUCACGCUUCAACAGCUAUCCGGUAUUUAUGUGAUUGUGUUUUACGCCGUGAAUGUACUUGAGGACAUCGGUCUAGACGUAAACGAGUAUAUGGCUACCGUUGGCAUGGGUGUCAUCAGGUUCUUUAUGUCGAUUCUCGGCGCCGCACUAGCUAACACCUUCGGCAGGAAGAGCCUGGCUUUUAUUAGCGGUUUCGGAAUGGCUAUCGCGGCGAUGGGAAUUGCCCUUUCCUUCAGGUUCAAAUUUCCAUCAUGGAUACCAUUAUUCUGCAUCGGGACCCACGUGGGCGCAUCCAUAAUCGGCUUUGUCACAUUACCGUGGGUUAUGACCUCGGAGUUGUACCCGUUAAGAUUUAGAGGCAGGUUGGGCGGUCUCACGACUAGCAUCGCGCAAGUACUAAUAUUUGCCACGAUAAAAAUGUAUCCGGAUUUGAAGGCCAUUGUCAGCGUGGAAAUUACGAUGUGGAUAUUCAGCGCGGCCAGUCUGUUAGGCGCCAUUUUCUCCUUAAUAAUAUUGCCGGAGACUCGAGGACGAAGUCUCGAUGAUAUCGAAAUGAAGUUCUCCUGUAAAUCGAGCGACAGCUCAACAAAUGCUCGCAAGAUUUUCUCUAAUAUGUUUUCGCAGCCAAAAAAUAUUACCCUCAAACGAUUCGUAUCGAUUUCGGAGGAGAAGCAAUCAAGUAUCGUCACGAACACGUAUGCUUACGAUAACUUUUGCCUAGAGCUGUCGCCAGAAAAUUCGGAAAAGAGUAGCAAAAUCUCCAAGAAAGAACCAAUUCAGGAUCAACAAGUUAUAACCAGCAUCGCAAUCGAACACGCGUUUAUUUAAUAAAAAAUUCGAAAUUUUUUUACAUAGAUAAUAAUUUGUAUGUAAAAUUGUGAAUUAACUAUCAUCAUCUGUAUCUCCGAAGAGUGCGGGCGCUCCACAAACAUAUUUAUUUAUUUUAUACUGCUAAACCGAGAGUUACAUUAAUUUACGUUAUUUUAAUUAGUAAAAUUAUUGCUUCGCAUUUUAUCGACAAAUGUUCCUUUAUAACUUAUUAUGAACAUUCCUA